UGUAUCAUUAUAAUUUUUUCCGUUUAUAUCGUGUGUGUUGCUCAUAAUAAUGGACGAAAAUCGAACGUUACAAUUUAUCGAAGCGUAUAAAGCAGCAAAACUUUUACGGGACGCAAAUCAUACCGAUUAUUGCAACACAAUUAAAAUAAACGAUGCGUUAGAACGUGUUGCUAAUGAAUUUAACAUCGGUGUAUCCGCCGUGAAAAUCAAAAUCAAAAACUUGCGUUUUUAUUUUCCGAAAGAGCGCCAAAAGUCGCUUAAUAGAAAAUCUGGUUCGGGUGCUGAUGAAACCAACGUCUCAUCGCGGUUCGCGUAUGCGCCUCACUCCUUUUUGCUGCGGAUUGUUCGACGCCUAGAGGAACAGCGGACAGUGAACAAGAACACGAAAAUCCGGAGAACUCCGAUUUCAUUACAUCUACACAAGUAAAAGUCUCUAACGGUAUGUACAUAAUUUUUGAAAUUGUUUAUUCGUGGUUUUGUUAAAUCUAAAAUAACACGCAUACCUAAACAGUGUACCUAAAUAGCGAUGAAAACAUAGAUUCUAAAAAUACUUUUCUUCCCCGGGUUUGGUGGAAAUAUUUUUACGUUAUGCAAUUGAUAAUUAAAUUUAAACGCUUCGAUUCUGUUCUCUGAUAAUGUA